AUGGACUCCCUAUGCAGCAGCUGGCUCCCCACCCAGACACUGAUUCUCCAAAUCAGCCUCAUUUUUGGUGAUGCUUCACCAGAUUCUCAAGCUGUCAAAUACCCCAGCUCUUCCUGCACAUUGAAAAAGACUGUGGGGGCAUCUGUACAGCUGCCACUGACCUCCCCUUUGAAUUCUAGCAUCCGAGAGAUUGAGUGGAAUUGGCAACCUGAGAAUGAUGAGAACAUGCAGCUAGUGACCUGGAAGCCUCAGACCCCUACUCCUGACUGGUAUGAUCUUGAAGAAAUAUACAAGCACAGACUCAACUUAACAGAGAAGGCUUUCUUGAGCAUCAGGAAUCUCACCAUGGAAAUGAGUGGACUAUAUACAGCAAAAAUCAAAUUCAACUCAGGAAAAUCGAAGAAGGAAAAAUUUAGACUCUGUUUAUAUGAUCCCAUCCCACACCCCCAGAUCAAGAUUCAUUCAUCAUCUAACACAUCAGGCUGGUGCAACAUCAGUCUAGAGUGUGAGAUCCCAGGAAACACAGGGAACCUGACAGUCAUCUGGCUAAGCCAAGGCCUCCCCAGGCACCUGGAACAGAGAGGGAUACCCCCCAACUCCAAGAACCUAAGCCUGAGCCUGCCUAUCAGCCACAUCAACAGCCACCUCACCUGUGUGGUCAGCAACCCUGCAGAAGAGAAGAAUGCAACCCUACACCUGGAGGACAUCUGUCCCUGGAGGGGUUCUCUUCAGAGCAAAUGGCUUUGGCUUUGCAUCCUACUCAUGGUUCUGAUGGUGAGCCUAGGGGCUGGAGUGUGGAUCUGGAUGAGAAAGAAGAUGCAGACCAGGAGAGGUGGGUCCACUCUCCUGUCAAUGGCUCCCCAAGCCCUUCCGACAGAGGAAUCUACGAACCUUCAGACUGGUGUGACCAACAGCCUAGACCCUCCCUAUGAAGAGAUCAGCAUCCUGAGACACCAUAAGGUGGGUCCAAGGGAAUCAAAUCAUACCAGUUCUGCUAUGUGCUCAGAGGCAAUAAGUCUGGGGAAACCCAGAGUAUUCUAUUCCCUAUCACAUUCUGGGCCCAGUCCUGGCUUUGGACAAUAUGGUUGCUGUGCUUGGCUACCCACAGCAUGCUGGGAGCUGAGGUGCCAAGUUAGGAAACCACCGAUGGGGAGCAUACUCUAUUCAUAUGUCCACAGCCUCAUCACAUCCUCACCAGUACCCAAGGAGGAGGGUUGGCAGAGCAGAGAAGUGUAA